AUGAGAGUCAGGAGAAUAGGGGACCGCUACCUCAAUUUCCGCUCACACCAUCACCCAUCCGUCCACCAAUCAGUCGCCGACACUCUCAUCAGACGAGCCCACCAACUCAGCGACAAGGCACACUUACAGCAGGAACUCAAGCACGUGACCAAUGCACUCACCACCAUCAACCAUUACCCCAGGAGAAGGAUCAACACUCAACCAUCCAGCCACCAACCCAGCACCAACAGCACCGAAAACCCAUCCGAAACCAAGCCUAUCGCCACCAUAGCACUUCCCUACAUCGGCAAGACUUCACACCGACUACAACGCAUCCUUCACUCUGCCAACAUCCUCGUCAGACACCAAUCCUCUCGCAAGCUACACUCCAUCCUGCACCCUCAUAAGGACAAACACCAAUCCAACAAGCAACCAGGCGUCUACAAGAUUCCCUGCGACUGUGGCAAUGUCUACAUUGGAGAAACCGGCCGAGACUUCGACACCAGACUCAAGGAACACAAGACCCACCACCGACGCAGCGACUGGGACCGAUCUGCCAUCGUCAAACAUGCACAACAGGAAAAUCACCGCAUAGACAGGGACAAGAGCCACCUAAUCACCAACAUCCGGCACUGGAAUACCAGAAGGGUCAGGGAAGCCAUUGAGAUACAUCAACACAACACCGUGCCUCAAGACCCAGGCCUCCACAUCAACAGCAUCUGGCACCCAAUCCUACGUCACCACCCAACUUCCAACCAAUCCACAACCAACUCCACAAGUAACCCGCCGUCCACCGUCACCCCACCAAGCCCUCCUACCCAACACAACAGUCUGAUCGAAUCACCAACUCAACCAGCGACUUCGCCGACGCACACACCACCGACACCUCGCUACAACCUCCACCGAAGACCCAACACCGCAUCCGUACACCAGGCCACCCACUCACUCCCGCCGAAGCCUACCCGACAAGUUCGCCGACCAACACGCACAGAACGCCACCACUGA